ACUAAUCAGAAGAUGGCAUGCAAACCAGCAUAUUCUCUGCUUGGCGUGUAUGCAUUUAAUAUUUAGAACUUCUUUGUUUGUCUGUUUGUUUAAUGACUUCAUGUGCUAUUAAAAACGUUUGUAUAGAGUUAAAGAUGUGGACGAGAUGCACACUUAUACAUAUUUUUUCUAUCUCUUUAGAGGAUGCUGCUGCGCGUGAACUCCGCUCCCCUCCGCCGUGCAUGCGCAGCCGCAUCCUUCAUUCAUCCGCCGCGCGCGCGUUCCCGUGCUGGUCUUGGAUAAGAGGCACGCGGAAUUCAGAGGGUAACAUCUCACACAGACACUUAAGAGGAAAACGCGCGGCUGCGGGGAAAUGGCUUUGACUCAAGAUACGAUCCUGAGCUUUUUACUGGCGCGCGGGGGGAAAGUGAAAAACUCGGAGCUCGUGAGCAACUUCAGAGGACUUAUACACUCUAGCGAUCCCGCGGAAGAGAAACAGAACCGAGAGCUGUUCAAACGCCUGGUCAACAGCAUCGCCGUGGUGCAACAACAAGACGAUGAUGUGAAGUACGUGGCUGUGAAGAAAAGGUACAUGGGACUCAUCACAGGUGCACAAAACAGUUCUCCACGCAGCCUCAGAUCCAGUGAAACAGCCAAUGUGGAUAUUAUUAAUAACAAUUACUGUCAUUGCUCCCCUCGAGCUGUGAGUGAUAGCAGUAAAAGUGGAUUUGAUGUUGAGUGUGUUCACUCAAAAACCCCAUCUGACUAUAAAGAGAGCGAGUCUUUGACAGCAAGAGUGCUCAAUGUGACAAGUGAUGCUAGAAGUGGAAAAACAGGGGCUGUAUUUGCUCUUGUGGCCAUAAAAUCUCCAUCAUGUGAGCUGCAGCAUGAAGAAAAGAGAAAAACAAGCCUAAAAACACUAAUAGUAGAUGCCAAACCGCCAUCUACGAGAGUCAAAGCAGAUCAGAGAUGUGUUGCCGGAGAAGGCUUUCUCUACAGGUCUCUGAGAGCCAAACGAAAGGAGUUAGAUGCACAGGGUUCGCCGCAGCUGCGAAGGUGUAGCAAACUCUCCAGAUCUGCUGGUAGUGAGGCUGAAGACUCGGAUGGAGUGCCUCUGGGAUCGAUGGAGCAUGAGUGGCUUGUGAAAGCAGCAACGGGAAGCUGGCGUCAGAUCUACGGCCUCCUGCUGCAAGACCCUCGGCUGGCGGAGAAGCCGAACUUCAUGUGUGGAUUCACCAUCCUGCAUUGGGCUGCCAAAAGCGGAAACUGUGAAAUGGUGUGUAAAGUCAUUGAUGUUUCCAGACAGAGAGGCGCAGGGGUCGAUGUGAAUGCCAAGUCUUACGACGGAUACACAGCGCUCCACAUAGCUGCCAUUCACAGCCGUGAACGUGUGUUAUCACUGCUGGUGUGUGAAUAUGGUGCCAGCACUGACAUACGGGAUAACAGUGGCAAAAAACCCUACCGUUAUCUCAGUCCAGACGUGUCCACUGAAAUCAGAAAGAUGCUCGGAGACCCUCACAGCCUGCAGAAGGAUGCACAGAACCUCUCAGACCUCCCUAAAGGAUUCAACACCCUCAGUAAACUAUUCCAGCCCCACGUCGCUGGACAUAAAAAGAAAUACAGACGACGACUGAGCUUCCACUUCAUCAGAGAUGAUCAGGAAGACCCCAGAAAGAGCGUCGCACUUAAUCGCAAACUGUUACAGUAAAAUAUCCCAACUGAACGAUAACAACACGCACUACUUGUAUUACUUGUUGUAGGUUUAAUAUAACGUGUUAAUGUAACUGGAGAUCAUACAGUGACAGUCGUGUGUCUGCUGAUGAUUGUGUUUGUUAAUGAGGUUGAAGAGUUACAGGAGAAUGCAUUUAGUACUAACACAGCUGAAAGGCUGAAGAAUAUGUACAGGCCAUGUUUUAACCCAAAAGAAAGACAAACAUGUGUUAUGUAAAUAUUGGGUUACACUAAAAAACUAUCAUGCUGUAAAUGCAAAAAUAAAUAAAAUAAAAAUGUAAUUAAAUUUUAAAAU